ACAACGAUUGGGUGCUGUAAUAGCUAUCGUCCAAUAUUGUUAUUCCUAUAAGAACCGUCUAUUUACAAUACUUAUUGGAGUCAAUUAACACGGUUUGAAAAUAUCAUGAUGCAUCAAAAAUGGAAUAAGUCCAGAGCAAUUUGUGGCCAAAACAAUCAACCGAUUACAGUCGAGAAGAAACUGGAGAAAAAAAUUGGGCUGUGACGUGAUUUGCGACGAAGGUUUUAUUUGUUGGAUACAGUGACAGCACAAUGCCCAUCUAUAAAACUUGAUAAGGAUAUAUGAUGCUGAGGAGUACACCAUAUGUAAACAUUCAACUGACGCCGUUCGUCUUCAUUAAGUUUCAACCAGUAUAUAAUUUCAAACUAUUUUAUCAUGUGACCCGGAGAUCUAUACAGCACUAGUACGAUUCCUGUCUGGAACCCCACGCACGAAUCUCCAAUGUAACAGUAUCCAACGGUUGUCGGCUGACUUACUCCAUGAAAAGUUAUGCCGAUGAUAAAAAUGACGGAGGCGGUGAGUUCAGUUCAAACCAUACCGUUCAGUGAAGAGACGAUCGAACCAAAACGCGUUCAAUUGCCGCUGAAAACUGCAUCCAAAAGAAAUAAAAACAAAACGUAGAUUCGAUCGGGGUUGGAAAAGGCAUCACAUUCAUUCAGCGUUGUUGCGAUAACGAAAAUCACUUUUAUCUCUCGACGACACAUUUGAGAGCAAUUGGGGAGGAGACGUUCCAUCGCGAUACGCAGCACUAAUUCGGCCGGAUCGCAUCGGUGCAACCCCACAAUAACAGCGCGCGGGAAUUGAACUCACGUGAUUUGUCCGAGCAAAACAGUGAAAUGUUAAAUAAGGCACAAAAACUGCUGCUCGGGAUAGUAUUGCUAGUGCUAGUCGAUAUCAUCUGGGUGUCUUCGAGUGAACUGACCAAGUUUCUUUACGAUGACGAAAACUACGAUAAGCCGUUUUUCUGCACCUACUUUAAGUCGUCCAUGUUCACAAUCUAUCUGGUAUUCCUGGGGCUCAUUGCUCCGUGGAAGGAGAGUUGCAACCGAAAUGGAAACUAUGCGCUCAUGGAAGCGACCGAAGAAGACGAUAGCUUUUACGGCAAUGGAGCUUCUAGCUUGAGCGAUUCUUCCUUCGUUCCGAUCAAAGCGGACGCCCAGGUGUCCGGAACCGAGAGCGAUGACUCCAGCAUACGAAGCGUACGGUUUAGCAAGGUGGCCGAAGUUCGGGAAAUGUCUCCCCACGAAGCCACGGAGGCCCUCAUGUCGAGGCUUUCGUAUGCGGCCAGUUUACGGGUUCGCCGGCAAAAAUCACAUCACAAGACUGCUCGCACGGCACUGAUGUUCUCGAUUCUGUGGUUCAUCGCCAACUACAUGUUUCAACUGGCAUUGGAGCCGAGCGAAACCGCCAUGGUCACCUUGUUGAGUUCAACCUCCAGCCUCUUCACGUUGGUCCUGGCAGCCAUGUUUCCUUCGUCGUGCGGUGACAAGCUCACCGUAUCGAAAAUCUUUGCAGUACUACUGAGCAUCUCCGGGGCGGUCAUGGUUUCCCUAUCGGAGAUCAACGAGCCCAAGAUGACCCGGGGGAUCGUACUGGCCAUUACGAGCGCCUUCUUCUAUGCGUCCUACCUGGUGCUAGUCAAGCGAAAAAGUGAUACCGAGGAGAAGAUCAACAUUCCGCUGUUCUUCGGCUUCGUGGGCAUGUGGAACCUGCUGCUACUGUGGCCUCUGCUGUUCGUACUUAACUUCUCGCAGCUGGAGGUGUUCGAGCUGCCGUCGCGGAAGCAGUUUUUGGUGCUCUUUGUCAACGGGUUGAUCGGGACUGUGCUGUCAGAGGCCCUGUGGCUGUGGGGCUGCUUCCUGACGUCGUCCCUCAUCGGCACCGUAGCGAUCACGUUGCAAAUCCCUCUGGCAAUGCUGUUCGACAUGAUGCUGCAUGGCAAGAGCUAUCCGUUGCUGUUCUACCUUGGCUCGUUGCCCAUGUUGCUGUCGCUGGUUUUGGUGGCAUUCCUGAUGAAGUACGACGACAGUGAUCCACUGCUAAGGUUCUGCAAGCUAAUCUACCGGCGGCUAUGGCACUGCCGGAAAACCAACAUCGUCCGGAUACCGGAUCUGGAGGAGCAGCAUGAAUCGCUUAUCGAUGACAGCCACGAGAACUAAGGGGUUCGGUAGCAAUCUUGAAAAGAUUUCAGCAAGGAGGGAUGUUGUCGUUUCUACAGUAUGGGAAGAUUUGCAAUAGGAAUUGUGAGUUACCGACACUCAUACGUUAUUUCUCAACAUUUGAGUUCCCGAAACCCAGUAGAACCUUGUGUUUAUUAGUAUUGAUGAACCGGAAAAUCUCCAUUUGAACGCCAUGGAACGCACGAGCUCGAAUAAGUUAACCAAUUCAGUAGUAAUUUGUGUCGCCCAGUGUUCUGCGAAUUCCAUUGAAUUGAUGUGGUCGUUUUAAAAUGUACUAGAUAUAAGGAUACAAAUGAAAAUAAUAAAACAAUAUUGUGAGUGCUGGAAAAUUGUGCAUUGCUUUGUACAAUAUUUAGAUAGAUUUUGUUUAAGCACAAACGAGGCAUUUCAGAAAUGUUUUUGUACCUAUAGUAUUUAGAUUUUGGUGUCUAACGCAAAUCAAAACGUGCGCAGAUCUACGAAGAUGGCGCCACGGUAGAGCACAAGAUCGUAUUUACAUACAUCAGAUGUAUAUUUUUGUACAAAAAAAAUGCAUUUCAACACUUCUUUACGAUUGGUACCAGUAUUUUAUCAUUCACCAUGUAACUAUAUUUCUUUAUGAUUUCAUUCUGCAAGUUACAUUCUAAUAAUUGGCUACUGAAAUUCACUUAUUAUGUACAGCACGUACCCUACGUUUUACUUUCACUUACAUCCCAAACUCUACAGUAUCUACACACUCACACAACACUCCGUAACUAUCAGUAUAUAGCGUAGCCAUAAAAUCAAGUUUGACUUACGGCACAUUAAGAACACAUUACACACAAUUACAUUCCUACUUAGGUUAGGUUCCGUGAAAAAAUGAAAGGAAAAUCUAAUUUGUGAUAUCCUAGAUAAGAUAUACAGUAAACAGAACACAACCACUCUAAAACGUUUAGAAUGUUUAAUAACCUGUUUUAUCUGUAGCUCGAGUUGACUUAUACUCCAGAAUAACAACAACAAAAAAAGAGUUCGAGUGAAGUAUGGAUAUAGAAAUCACCUAAAGUGUGUCUCUCACUACAAAGACUAAUGAUUUUCGAACAAUAAAAGUGGAAUACAAAACAUACAACAAUGUUCUAGACAAACCAUAGACAUUCCAAUUUUACACCAUCAAA